CCAGAACUCAUUCAGGCUAUUUUUUUGGAUGUUACUCCCUUACUUCCAAUCCUCUUUUUGAUUUCUUUUCUUUUCAUCCUGCUUCUGCCACUAUUUUUCUCUUAGCUGUUUUUUUCUUUUCCUUUCAUUUCAUUAUUCAUCCACUUCAGUCCCUUUAGGCUUCAUCCACAAACACCUCUUCGUUCCCAAUACAUCCAUUUCACUUUCGCGCCCACCUCGUUUUGUUUUGAUUUAUUCCUACUACCUUGUCAGUAUCAUAUAGCGUCAUUAUAUCAUGAUUGAAUGCACUAGCACAACACCGAUUGGACAACCGCCGGAAUUUCCUCCAGCAACGAAUGAUACACAUGAAUUAGGGACGUCAUGCGUUGGUGGACCACGGUCUCCUUUAUCUCAGCAUCAAGAAUUUUUCAAUGCGAUCCAAAAACGAUACAGCUUAACUGGACCCUUUGCCACCGAACAAUCCAAGAAGCAGCAGCAAGCACCGGAGAUUCAGCUUCCGUCCAAUACCCUCCAUUUCUCCGCAGCUUCGUUAGCCAUCAAGCGUAAAUUAGCCUUACCCAAUCAUUCGUCAUCAUCAAUAUCGCCUGUUUCACUUACCCAGGGUUUGUCUGUGUUUGAACCGCGCGUGGUCAUUGACCUAUUGGAGUCGAACUCUCCUGAUUCUUCCACGCUUCUACUGAUUGACGUUCGAUCUUUUGUGCAUUAUACCCACCUUCACAUCAAAUCGGCGAUCAAUAUCUCCGUGCCCAACACCAUCCUCAAACGCCCUUCUUUUACCCUUGACAAAAUAGCCGAUGUCAUCGCUUCAGACGAACACCGACAGCUGUGGUUAAAAUGGCGUCAAGCAAAACAUAUAGUUCUAUAUGACCAGCAAGGCAGUCUUCUUCAAGAAAAUAGUACCAUCAGCUACUUUGUGCAAAAGUUCAAAACCAGUCAUUUUGAUGGUACAUUAGCUUAUCUGAAAGGCGGCAUGGAUGCCUUUUCAAAGAUUUAUGCGGAUCGCUGCAUCGGCGCAACGCCACCACAAAGAAGAUCGCCUUCUGGCCAUAUUGUUCCUCCGACACCCAGCUUAUCCGGCUUGCCACCUUUAACUCCGACAAAACGACCAGGCGCUUUCAAUCUAGGCCCUCUUCCAUCCAUGACAGCAUCAAUGCCUCUCAAAAACCACGCCUUCAAUCCAUUCUUCUCCAACAUUCGACAAAACAUGGAAUUGAGUCAUGGAAGCAUCAAGGAGCGAUUUUCCGUUCGAUUGGCCCCCGAUUGCACCGUUGAUACUGAUACCGGUAAAGUGGCAGGCACGAAACGCAAAUUACGCGAUUGUGCUGGCCUGACCGAACCUACACGAUUACCUCCUUGGCUUCGAAAAACGCUUGUCCCGGUCGAAGGACCCCAUUAUCUAGCUGAAUGCUAUGAAAACAUUGAGCGUACCGAACAGCGACGUCUUCAAAGCGUUAUGGCUCACCAUGCCAAAGCCGACAAUGAUCUGAUGGAUCAUCCGUUCAGUAUUGUGGCAGGUAUAGAAAAGGGUACACUUAACCGAUAUACCAAUAUCUGGCCGUUUGAGUACACACGUGUAAAACUGGAGACAUCUAAACCCGAUGCGGACUAUAUCAAUGCGAGCUACAUUCAAUAUAUUGACUGCGAUACAGCAGAUGUACAUACACCUACCGGGUCAGCGCAAGACGUACCGAAACUGUUGACGCUGAAUGAACAGAUGAAGUUAGGGCGCCAAUAUCGUCGAUAUAUAUCUACCCAAGGUCCAUUACCUUCUACAUUUGGCGAUUUUUGGAGCGUCGUUUGGCAGCAAAAUUCUCGUGUGAUUGUGAUGCUGACGAAACAGGAAGAAAUGAACAGGAUCAAAUGUCAUCAGUAUUGGCCUUCCACAGUGGAUCAAUCAGAGACAUACGGUUCGGUCCGGGUGACCCUUAUUAAGGAAACGGUUCGGGUGCUCUCAGACCAUCCUGAUGAUCAGAUCAUUCGUCGCGACUUCUCUAUACAGUUUAAGUCUGAAACGCGGCAAGUCACACAGAUUCAAUAUACUGGUUGGCAAGACUUUGGCGUCCCGGAUGAUCCGUUGGGCACCUUGGCGCUUGUGAAACUAGCCGAUGAAACCCAGAGAAGCUUUGAAUCGCCGGGCCCGAUGAUCGUCCACUGUUCAGCAGGCUGCGGGCGAUCAGGCGCGUUUUGUGCCAUUGACACGUUAAUCCAUCGGUUAAAAGACUCGGGCGAUAUACGCGAUCUAGAGAAAGCGGGAGAAUUGGAUCUAUUAUACCAAACCAUUUGCAAAUUCAGAGAACAACGCGUUAGCAUGGUACAAACGCUACGUCAGUACGUAUUUUGUUAUGAAGCUAUUCUGUGGUGGAUCCUCGGUUAUUGAAACCCCCAUCACCUUGUACAAAGAAGAAAGAAAUAAAAAAAGUAAUUUAUGAGUACAUAACCCAAGAAAACUAUUGCUCUCAAAUAUACGCGUCAUCAACUGCUUGAAAGCUAUUGUAACAAUAAAUGC